GUUCAAUCAGAAUCAGAAUCUAUUACAAAAACCCUUUUCCUUUUGGUUCCAAUGUUAAUGAUGGCAAUGUCAUUAAUGGUUGCACCAGAGAACAUGCUGCUACCCGCUGAGUUGUGCGCGUCUCUAAUGUAAACACUGUCGUCUGCUGCGUGUUACACCCUAGAGGCGUUUCGAACUUAAACAGUAAAGAGGAGUUCCGAAAAUCGUGAUAUGCAUUUUCCGACCAGCGGUCCGAUACGUGAUGUGCAUUUUCCGACCGGCGGUCUGAUAUUGGCCACGUGAAUUUAACCGUAUUACACAGGGCGGGAAUGCAGUAUUUAGUAGGAAGUAUAUGAUAAAUGUUUAUAUUAUGUAAUUAUACGGUAUAUACCUUCCAGUGUUACUUGAUCCUCUCUCUACGAAAUCAGAAAUCAGAAUGAAUACUCGUCAAGUACCACGUGAUUAAAGAUAUCUGUUAAUGGGAAGGAACAUUAAAGCUUCUGCCAGACCAGGUCUCGUUCUACUUUCGUUUUCCGUAACAUCUUUGAAUACAAGCGGUCCAGUUUGAACAGCCCAGAAAGAGUGACUGAAAUGGCAACCCAGGAAAACCAAUCGGAACAAGACUGGCAGAUUGGGAAAUCAUUGAUCCAAUGUCUGGAUUACCUCUUCACCUCUGGUCUAGCUUGUGAUGUGACGUUCCUGGUUGGAGAAGAAAAGGAGAAGAUUUCUGCUCAUAAAAGUAUUCUUCUCAGCAGAAGUCCCGUGUUUUUUGCCAUGCUGGAGGGGGACCUAGCAGAGAAAGGGUUUAUUACCGUUCCGGAUAUUUCAUCACAAGCGUUUUCGAUGUUUUUGAGAUAUCUUUACACAGACGAAAUAAAACUGACUGUUGAUGUCGUCACUCCAGUGCUCUCGGCCGCCAGAAAAUAUAUGGUGGAUCAUCUAGUCACGAAGUGUGAAACUUUCCUCAAGAAUUCCCUCUCUAUUGAAAACGCAUGCGUUUUGUUGGAACAGGCCCAUACCUUCACUGAAGAGAAUCUAAUAAAAGAUUGUCUAAGUUUUAUUUCGAGUUCAGCGGACACCGUUUUACAGUUAUCUAGUUUCACUGACUUGUGUGGCGCAUGCGUAAUGAGCAUCACAGAAUCUGACGACCUGGCGGAAGAUGAGAGCGAUGUGUACGAGGCGGUGAUUCGCUGGUCAGAGGCAGAAUGUAGACGUCAGGGUCUAAAGGAGACGGACACAAACAGACGCGAAGUAUUGGGGGACAUCCUCUAUACUGUCAGGUUCCCCAUCAUGGAUCACGCGUACUUCAGACGGAAUGUCGUCGUCACUGAUAUCCUCUCAGCCAACGAGACACGAGAUAUCAUCCGCUGUCAUGAAGAUUUUGCACGAUUUUCAUGUAAAUUCAAUAAGAAUAAACGGCCAUUAAAACAAAUACGUGUCCAAAACAAAGAGUCUGAAGGUGAAUAUAUAGAAAAUUAUGUUCAAUAUCAAUACUAAAGUAAGAAUAGUUAGAUUUUGAGCUUAACUGACAAAAACUAAGUAAUAAACUCUUAUCAAUUUUAUCAUAUUAUGAAUCAUCAGGGAUACAAAAAGUAAAAAGAAUAUUUGAGGAAUGUAGCUAAUACAGAUAUUCAACAAUCAAGAUACAAGUAUACAUUUGCUAAACAGAACAAUAUUUUAUAAACUUCUUUUAUAAAAAUCAUGUCAUAUUCGUGAAACGAAAUUGUAUACUUCCCCGACAAGAAUCAAUUAAAGAAUAUACAAGUAUGAUCUUUAUUUACAAAAAUACUCACUAAAACUCCCUCCGGAACUAGCCAAAACAUUUUGUAAAUUCAGAUCAUAUAAUACUAAGUUACCAAUUUAAAGUGGUAGGUGUGAUUAUAUCAGAAAUAUUAUAACCUAAUACACGUUUCUGAUAAUAUACCACGUGGAAAAGUUGUAUUUUUUGUAAUAUAUUCAAGAAAAUUUGGCCAAGAAUUCCGCUAUCUGUUUUACUGCGCCAAACCAAUAUUCAAUAGUAGACGAAAAUGUGAUAAAUCAUUAUGAAAGGCCAAAUACAUUCAAAUUUCAUACAUUAUUCAAUUAUGCAACAAAAUAUCAAUUGUUAACAGAAAUAAAGACAUACUUAAUUUUCAAAACCAAUGUUCAUUCUGUUUCACCAGGUAUCAUUGUCACCAAUUUGUUGUAUACACUUUAAUGGUUUAUGCAAAAUUAAACAAUUGAGUUGAUCCUAAAUCCCUUUAUUUAAAUAGGUGCAUGUACAGGUAAGAAAUUUAAUCUCUAGAUAAUGAGUCACCAAACUUGGGGUGUUUUUUUGUUUACUUUUAUAUGCACAGCAAAAUAUAGGAACAAAACGUAAGCUAUAAAAUACUUCUUUGAUACCAACAACUUUAAAAAAGCGCUUUGAGUAUUAAUUCAAAUGUCAUUCCCUUGCCACCUCGUGGCCUCCUUUGUUUGAGUAACCUUGCUACGACCUUCACCUAUUUUUUCCCUUUUUAUGGUUGUGUAUUUAGUGCAUCCUAUAAUUGUAUUUUCCUUUCCCGUACUUUUAAGGUAGACUCAAUGGAUCUUUUUAAUACUUGGGAAAUAAUAAUAUAGUAGCGUAAUAUAUUGAUUACUGUAUUCUUC